GAGAGAGAGAGAGAGAGAGAGAGAGCGCUCUGAGAAGAGUGUGUGCGCGUGCCUCCGCUAAGGAUUAUCGGGGUUGGUUCGUCCUCAGCAACAUUAGAGCCAGUGUUGCCGCAGCUGCAGUUACAUCAAAGGCUUAGCUCGCUCCUUCAGGUCAGACCGAGGGAAGCUUUGUUGGAUGUGAGCAUUUGAAAUUAGAGUCGACUGUGAUAGUAAGCGUUUCGUUGCACUGGCGGAUUUUCUCCGUACAACAGGUCGGUCCUUGACAAGAUGAUGCACUGAACAAGGAUUACAUGCAAGUCCCCAGCUAACACCCUCUAAGGUUGCAGUAAACUGGGGGAUUGCGACGAUUGUCGUUGUGUACGGUUUCAAGUAGUCGGACCGGGAGAAUAUUAAGUCUCGUCCUGUGCACGGCGUAUUAAUAAUGGCCACUCUACUGCGGAAAAUCGGUCUGAUUCGUCUUCACGACCGAGACACAGAAGACCCCAAGCAUCACCAGGGAUCACUCAAAGGGACGAAGGGAAACCAGAAGAACAACGCGAAGCAUUGCCAGACGACUAACGAAACUAACAUCCUGAGUACCCCCGAGAAAAAGGCAAAAAAGCUGGACCAACACACCAGCAAGGACAAACCGCCCGUAAAGGAUAAGCAGGGCAAAGAUGCGAAAGAGAAACAGCAAACUGGAGGAGGUGUGAUUGGGGGCAAAACGACCAGUGCCUCGAUACCACCGCUAGCGCCUCACCGGCAACACUGCACCCAGGUUCGGACGCGGAGACUAAUGAAGGAGCUUCAGGAAAUUAAGCGGUUAGGUGAUAACUUUAUAACAGUGGAGCUGGUCGAUGACAAUCUCUUCGAUUGGAAUGUGAAGUUGCACCAGGUGGACAAAGACUCUGCCCUCUGGCAGGACAUGAAAGAAACGAACACCGAGUUCAUACUACUGAAUGUCUCUUUCCCCGACAAUUUCCCCUUCUCCCCGCCUUUCAUGCGGGUACUUACCCCCCGGUUGGAGAACGGGUACGUGUUGGACGGUGGAGCGAUAUGCAUGGAAUUGUUGACCCCCCGCGGAUGGUCCAGCGCAUACACUGUUGAAGCCGUAAUGAGGCAAUUUGCCGCAAGCCUCGUGAAAGGACAGGGCCGUAUCUGUAGGAAAGCAGGGAAGUCUAAGAAGGCCUUCAGCCGCAAAGAGGCCGAGGCCACCUUCAAGAGCCUGGUGAAGACCCACGAGAAGUACGGCUGGGUCUCCCCUCCGGUGUCCGACGGCUGAGGAGCUCCCCCCCGCCACCACCCCCACCUCCCUGCCCGCCCGGCGCUAGCCAGCUAGCCACCCAUGCUAACGACACACCACGCUAAACUCAACUCCUCGACGUUGUCCUGUUUUGGUUUUAGUUUUCAACAGGGUUUCUUGGUUUUGUUUUUUGGGGGUUUAAGUGUUUUUCCAUCUCACCGAACUUCUACAGCAAACAAGAACUCUCCAGGUCUCCUCACUUCCCUCUAUUCAGCCGCCGUUCCAUUCCACCAGCUCUGCACUUGUUUUUCUCUCUCUCUCUCCUCCCUUCCCUCCAUCCCUGCUUCAGAGAUUGGCAGACUGGGAACAUUGUAACAGAUCUGGCGGAGUCUUGAGACAGAGCCAUCUGAACUAUGAACUGUUACGAGAUGGGAGCUGGUGUGUAUGUGUCUCAGCGGAGAGUGUGUCACCAUUGUGGGAGGGGGGGGGGGGGGGGUGUACAAACACACACACUGUACCCACACAGAGGGACUGACAGACUCUGACCAGGUACAGCUCAACCCUCCCCACCCCCCUGUGAAAGACUACUGAGGGAUGGAAGAUGCAUCCACCUCCAUGAACCCCCCCCCACGCCCCGACCCCCACCCUCAUUCAACCCCCUCUCCCUUUGAUGACGACACACAUCGCACCAAACAUGCAUUUCUUUCACACCUGAAGGGUCAUUUACAUAUACAUGAAAGCCGUUAAUGUCUACUAGACGGACAGCGCCACACUUUUCAUGCUCGCUUGCCCCUCCUCUCCUUUCUUUUGACUGUGCUUUUGUUCACAGUUCAAUGCAACAUGACGAUUGUAAUUUAUGUGGAGCUGUGCUCUCUCUGUCUCUCUCUCUCUCUCUGUUUAUCUCUAUCGCUCUGUCUCGCAAUCAUUUUUCCUCGUUGCUAAGUUUAGAGCUCACUGUUGUGUAGAUGGGUAUGGAUAUCUAAUGGAGAGAGAAAAAAAUCCAAUGUUGCUUUACGCAGAGACUUCAUGAAAACGUGAUUGGCAUUCAACCGUAGCUCACUCUCUCUUUCUUUCUCUCUUUGUCUCUCUCUUUCCAAUUAGCAUUAUGUGUAGGAGAGGAACAAGAAUUAUUGUCAUGUGAUUUAGAUACCAGAUGGUCAAAGGCAUGAUGGUGUGUGUGUGUUCCUGAAUCCACUUGAUCUUUUCAUUUCAUGUCAAUCAGGGCUAAUAUUUCUGUUGUCAGCCCAUAGUGCAUGAUGACUCAUACUCAUGCCUGUGUGUGUGGGUUUUGCCGUUUUGUCACACUGUGUUUCCUUAACUUGUGACACGGCUGUGUGUGUGUGCUUCUUGCUUCUUUAAUCUGUUCAAACCCAUGUAAGAACUGAAGUACAAGAUGGUCAACAAGCCUCUAAGCCUGUCUCACAGUUAUGACAUUUACACACGCAUACACACACACACACUAAAACACACACACACAGCAGCCUUCUCAUGGGUGGAGUGUGCUUAGUUACAGGACGGUGUGUCUCUUCCACACUGAUUGAUGUGUGGCGAGAGCAAGCAGGGACGGGGGGGUGGGGGGAGGUUGAAGUGAGCGACGAGAGCGCUUUGAUAUUUACCGGCGGCUUCCUAAAAUGUCAGCUGGAAUGCGAAAUGGCUGAGGACAUUUCGUUGGGCUUUUUUCCGCUUCACACCACUCCAUCCCCGUCCUACAACCUCGCAGUCGAAGAGAGUACCUGUAGUAGCGAAACUGGCUUCUCUGCGUCUGUAGAGAUGGUACUGAAUGCCAGAGACUACCUGACUUUUGGGCACCUUCGAGUCUUUCACUUCCUGACUGUCGUGUGCCGACACCCGGCUGUAAAUGUCACAGGAUAGCUGCUAAUUAGCCUGACAUUUGAACAGAUUGUCAGUAGACGCACACGCAGAUGAACACGUCGAACCUCCCGCCCCGCUCUGGCAUUUGCCACUUACAGUCCUGAAGGGCUGGUAGAUGUGACAGGGCGGAUGUCGGAAAAACACAACCAACCAAUCAGCCCAGGCAGAGGCUCCACGUGUACGCCCCUGGGAAUCAAACCUCGGUUUUGGAUGCGUCAUGAACCUCUUGCGCCUGCGUCAGCCCCGCCGAGCUGAAGCCUAAGUACGAUUUAUUCGUUUGAAUUGGACAGUGUGUUUAAUCCAUCACAUUGCUAAGCACCUUGUUUUUUGUAUUAUAUUGAUGGCGUGUGUGUGUGGCAUGCGUGAAACUCCAGCAGUUAGUCACCAUCUGGUAUCUGAUCAUGCAAAAAGUAAAAUCCUAUUGGUCCUCUCUGCUUUUGGUUAAGGUAGUCAUUUCAGGGUUGUUAGUAGGUGUUCUCUUGAACUGAGAGGAGAAAACUGUAAAAGUUAUUAUAAGAUAAAAUAUCUCCAAAUUGGGUGUUUGCCGGUUUAAAGAGAAUCAUUUUGUGAUAUAGUUUAGAUUGGUAGUUUGCAGACACUAACUGGGUGAAUUGAUUCUGUUGUAUUAUAUCUGCAUGUGAUAAGUGAUUGGUAGCUAGCUCUCUUUUUUUCAAGAAAAGUAAGAAAAUAGCAGGGGGGGAAACAAACAGAAAAUGCUUCUCUUAUCUCGUUUUUUCAGUUCUGUACGUAAUUAUUUUCCUUUCAAUGUCCUAAAAAUGUCACGUUGUGUUCUAUGAAUGUUUGUGUUUUAAUUUAUUUGUGGUUUGCCAAAAUGAAGAUUUUGAAGCAUGUCGCAGGUAUUGUCACAGAAAAAGAGAAAAAAAAACUAAGAAUGAUAUGUAUCUGUAUCUGAUGGGUGUUUUUGGGGGAACAUUCA